AUGCAUAUGUCCGACAGUGUCGCAGAUCACCACGGUUUCGUAAACAAUGCUGGUCGUUUCCGAUCGGAACUGCAAUACCAUCAGUGCUGUACCCGUAAAAAGCACAGCCCUUCCACUUGUUCGGAUACCCUCAGUUUCGAUUACGGAAAAUCGAUGAAACCCUAUGAAUCCGUAGACCAAGAAUUGUUCUUGUUCACCCGAGAUGAGGACAGUGCUCUUCUGUCCGCGGAUGCCGCUGCGGAUGUCAACGAACUGGACACUGUUGGUGAACCCGUAACAGCUCCUCUUGGAGCAACCGCCCCAAUGCAACCCUCUACAUUAUCCACGCAAACCCCUUGUGGACAAAGCUUGAUAGAUAAUUGUUCAUCCGGAAAAGGCACAUUCAGUCAAACUAAUUUGUUUGAAGAUUUUUACCUGUUCGAUUUUCUCCCGUACACUGCUGGUAGCAUCGGUUCGAAUCCUUCCAAAUCAUCUUCCAACCCGGUGCAUCUCGAAAACCCCGAAAGAGAAACACGAUGGUAUUUCAAAUACUUUUUGGGGAAAUAGAACGGUAGUGAUGAAUUCAAUGAAUUUAUCAGUCUGCUUGGUGAUCGUAUACAUCUUAAAUCCUGGGAUCGAUUCAAAGGUGGACUUGACACCAAAAGCAAUACAACUGGGAUUGAUUCGGUCUAUACGGUUUACGAAGGCCAUGAAAUCAUGUUUCAUGUAUCCACUCUUCUUCCUUUCUCGACAGAAAACAGACAACAGAUUGAACGAAAGCGUCACGUGGGAAACGACAUUGUGAACAUAAUUUUUGUGGACGGUGUCGGUCCAGACGCCAUCCCCAGCUGGAUGCCUUCGAUGAUGAAAACGCAUUUCACACAUAUUUUUGCAAUUGUUACCUACUGUAAAGAAACCUCUACCUAUCGAUUAAACGUAUUUGCCGAGGAAUCUGUUCCGAUCUUCGGUCCAUCGUUGCCAAACCCACCGGAAUUCACAAAUCCUCAGGAAUUUCGGGAAUUUUUGCUUGUCAAACGUAAGUCUUGA